AUGGCACUCAAGCUGGAUAUGUCCAAGGCUUAUGAUAGACUUGAAUGGAGUUUUGUUGUGGAAACCUUAACAAAUAUGAACUUCCCUCCGUCUCUUGUCUCAUUGAUCCACCGGUGCAUCUCAACUGUCUCCUAUCAAGUGAUGAUCAAUGGCCAACCUAGCAGCAGAUUCAUUCCUUAUAGGGGUCUCCGGCAAGGAGAUCCCCUCUCACCUUAUUUGUUUGUUAUCUGUGCAGAUGUUCUUUCUGGCUUACUGAGGCGGGGAGUCGAGGAUGGCAGCAUUCAUGGUAUCCGGGUUGCUCGCAAGUCUCCAACCAUCUCUCAUCUAUUCUUUGCCGAUGACAGUCUUCUUUUUGCUCGCGCCAACGAAGAAGAAGCAGAUCGCAUUUGGCACAUCCUGGAGAGCUAUCAACAAGCAUCCGGCCAGCUAGUCAACGCCGAGAAAUCUGAAAUUUCCUUCAGUGGGAAUGUUACUGAGGAGCAAAAAGUCCGAAUUAAAAACAAUUUAGGUUUUCGAGGGGUCCAGCACCAUUCUCGGUAUUUGGGCCUUCCGGUGAUAUUUGGGAGGUCCAAAAAAGAGGUGUUUAAGAUGGUUAUUGAAAGGGUGUGGAAAAAAGUUAAGGGUUGGAAGGAAACUUUUCUUUCAAGGGUUGGGAAAGAGAUCUUAAUCAAAGCUGUAGCACAAGCAAUUCCAACCUACAUCAUGAGUUGCUAUAGACUGCCGGAGAGUUGCUGUAGAGAAAUUGAGGCGCUGUUAUGUAAGUUCUGGUGGGGAUCCAAAGAUGGGGAGCGGAAAAUCCAUUGGGUGAGCUGGCAAAAUAUGGCGAAAGCUAAGUGCAAUGGAGGGAUGGGGUUCCGUGGGAUUCAAGACUUCAAUACUAGUCUCCUUGGGAAGCAAUACUGGCGGUUACUACAGGCAGAGGGAUUCCUAUUGGAGCGGGUCUUUAAGGGUCGUUAUUAUCCAAACUGCUCCAUUUCGAAAGCCCAAAAGCCCUUUAAACCUAGUUAUGCGUGGAGAAGCAUUACAAGAGCGGAGGAUCUCUUACUAAACGACACUCGAUGGAGAAUAGGCAAUGGAGCUAAGGUAAGUAUCAUGGGAGAUAGGUGGAUUCCAACGCUUCCAGUUCCUGAUUCGGUGAGUUCACUAAUUGACACUGAUAUAUCUUGCUGGAAAAUUGAUACAAUUAAGGAGCUUUUCAAUCCUGAGGUGACAAAGCAUAUCUGCAGCAUUCCUUUAUCUUCAACCUUGUCUGAUGAUAAGCUUCUGUGGCACCACGCACCGGAUGGGGAGUAUUCAGUCAAAUCAGCAUACCGAUGGCUCAGUGCUAUGCAAAGUCAAUCCGGCCCCAGCUCCUCCUCAACGAAUAGGUGCGAUUUUGUGAGACGGGUCUGCUUUUCUAGUCCCUUAGGCCUUCGCCUACCUGCUGCCGGUGACAUUGAAGACUGGUUGUUUAGUUUGGUAUCUUCGAAAGACAUUACUACUGCCCAAAUUCCUGUUGUGUGUUUCUGGAAGAUUUGGAAUAUGAGGAAUAAUGUGGUUUUCAAGGGUGUCAAACCCAUGGUCCCAGCUGCGGCCCAAGAGAUAUGGCAUGCUGUUAUGGAAGAGGUUAAGACCGAAUUUGAUACAACUGAAGAUGGGCAGCAGGAGUGGUCCAAACUUAAAACUGGCUGGCUGGUACAGACAGAUGCGAGAUGCUUUGACAAUGAUAUGGUUUCGUUAAGUUGCGUAAUCAAAGAUCCCACGUCUAAUAUUUUUCUGGCGGCCACAAAACGCAUGGAGAGUGUGGUGAAUCCAACUACAGCGGAGGCCUUGGCAAUCCGGUGGAGUAUUCAAACCGCGAAAGAGAUUGGCAUCCACGACUUCACCCUUCAGCCGGACGCCCUCACUGUUGUAGAUUGCAUUAAUGGUUCUGGCUGCAUAGCUGAUAUAGAACCUAUUUCCCUGGACUGCAUAAACUUAAUUUUUAAUUCUUGUAAUAUUUCCAUAAUGUUUAUUAGGAGGGAAUUCAACACUGAUGCUCAUAAUUUGGUUCAAUUGGGCAAGUGUUUAGGAUCUAGAUGUUGGACUGGCUGCAUUCCAAGCAUCAAUGCUGACCCUUGUAAUUUGUUUGUUUCCUCUGAUUAA